AUGUCCUAUAAUCAAUCACAAAGGUCUUCUUAUCAGGCCAGUCGGUCUUCUGAUGAAGACCCCCAAUUCUUGACAAGCGACGAUAAUCAAGAUGUCGUGAACCCGUUUGAAGACUCUUCAAGUCAGAUCCAUGCCAGAGGCCGGCCUUUUUCUUUAGGGAAUAAUGGAAUUUCACGUCUUCCUCAAUUAAUAAUCGAAAAUCACUCAUCACUACCGCAAAAUGAAAACCAAUUAGAUUAUGACGAACCUCAGAGUGCCCGUUCAUUUGAUCAAGAUGAUGAUCAAGAAAGUAGGUUUGCCUACGUAAACUACCCUGUCGCUUCCAAUCUCGACACCAACAAUAACAAAACCGACAAUUCCGACGGAUUGAAUAUUAAUAGACAUGACUCGUUACUUGUAGACUUGGUCGAUGAUAAUAGAGUCUUGAAAGAAGCUUUAGGAACAAAAUCGUCUGCUGGUUUAUGGUUACCACUAAAUAAAGGGAGUAUCACACAGCCACGGGAGAAGUCUCUUCACAUAGGGAUUCCUCAUUCGCCUGGGCCACAAAUGGUGGUGGAAGAUUUUGAUAAUGAUAGUAUAGACGACCAACCUCGUGGAGGGAUCAAAUUACAGAAUUUGCCCAUUAAGGCCUCAAAGGAUGAUCCAAGUCUUGAAUACUUAUCACCACGUUAUCCAUCGCAUUUCCGCGCAUCUACUUCAGAAGCCUCCUUCACUAGCAACCUUGAAGAUGGAGUAUUGCCUCCAAACUAUUAUCUAAAUACCAGUUCACAGAGCGUGAAUUCGGGAAAUAGCGAACUUAAAAGACGGCUUACCACCGCCGUCAGCAAAUUCUCAUCGCGUAUUGUUCAUGGGGAAGAUACCGACCUUAGUACAAGAAGAUUAUCUCAAAUAAAUAACCCUUCAAAUAUAUCGAUUUUGAAUGAUGAGAAUGGGGAUGGUGACUUGCGCAAGGAGCCCGAGAAUGAAAUCGAAAGUCCAAUCGAGCAACCAAAUGGAGAUACCAGCUUCUACUCAUUGCCUGAAGAUCGCAAUGAUCUGAGACCAACUCUUGUCACAGAAACUAUUUCAAUACCUCAGAUGUACGACAUACAACCGCAAAAACCAAAUUUCAUUCCGGUGACCUCAGAGAUAACCAGUAUUUCAGCACAAGCUUCCCGAAAUUAUGACAUGGACCCCGAUGACUCUUUAUUUUUAAGAGAUCCAAGCUCAAGCACUUAUAACAAGAAUCUUGGCCUUUAUGGUCACUCUCUCAUGAUCUUUGGGCCUUAUAAUGCUCUAAGAGUUUCCAUUGCCAAAACUCUUGAAGUGAUACCCGCGUUUUUUUUCCUUAUUAUUUAUAUUGUUCAUGCUGUGGUGCUUGCUUAUCAAUCUUGGAACCCCCCAAUUACAAAUACUUACUUCUACACAAGAAAAUUCGAAUCGGUUGAUUUGAUCAUUUUAGUAAUUAAUGUGAUUUUUACCCUUGAGAUUCUGGCGAAAAUAAUAAGUUUUGGUCUCUACGACGAUUCGGGAUUUUACAAAGAAUUUAACUUGGAAAAAAAAGAAAGCACCUUGGAUAAGUUGAUCAAGAAAAUCAAAUUCUUGUUUCAAAGCAAAAAUACUAUUGUACAAGAAGAAAUUCAAGAAGCAAAGCUCAAGCACAGUUUCACUUUAAGGUCUCAUGUUAUUCUUAGUAAAUCGGAUAUCGAAAACCUUAAAGAUCCUUUUCUACGAAAUAACUGGAAUGUAAUUGAUCUUAUAUCAUGCGUUGGUUUCUGGAUUUUCUUUCUAUUGACGGUGGCUAAUGCAGACACCAGUAAUGAACUUUUGAUUUUCCAUACUAUUUCAUGCUGGAGAAUCUUUCGUCUAACUCGUCUUACUGAAGGUACAUUCACAAUUAUCCGCUCUCUUAGACAUGCCUUUCCACAGCUUGCAAAUAUCUGCCUCUUUAUUAUUUAUUUUUGGGUUAUCUUAUCUAUUGCUGGUGUUCAAACUUUCAAAUCAUCAUUAAGCCGUCAGUGUGUCUAUACCGAUAUAUCAGACCCUUCAAAUUCCUAUAAUAGUCUUGAUAAUUUCCAGUUUUGCGGAGGAUGGCUUGACGCAGAUACUGGUGAUCCAAAGCCCUAUUUAUAUGCCGACGGUAGUUCUCUGAAAUAUACUAAAGGGUUCUAUUGUCCACGAUAUUCUCGUUGUAUAGUGGGUGACAAUCCUUACAACGGAACCGUGAGCUUUGACAAUUUUUUACAUUCAUUAGAGUUGGUCUAUGUUGUUAUGUCAAUGAAUACUUUCACUGAUUUGAUGUAUUAUACUAUGGACGCUGAGAAUAUGGCUGCUCUGAUUUUCUUCAUUGUUUCAAUUUUCAUAAUGAGUAUUUGGUUAAUGAAUAUUUUUGUGGCGGUAAUUGUGCUGUCUUUCAAGAUUACUUCAGAAAUGGACGGUCCAAAACAAGAUAGGAAAAAAACUGGUGGCUUUCUCAACUUUUGGUUUAAUACCGACCUUCGAAAUAAAGGAAUGCCCUAUAAUAUCACUCUGAAAUUGCAGAAAUAUUAUCAUUUUGAGAUUGUUUGGGUGACUGUGAUUGUUGUUGACAUUGUGGCUCAAUCUUUUCGGAGCGCCAAUGCUUCAGCCAGAAAGAUUAAUGUUAUUAAUAAUAUUGAAAUGGGGGUGACUUAUGUUUUAUUUUUCGAAAUUAUCAUGAGGUUUAUUGUGUUUUUACCGCACUGGAGACAUUUCUUUUGUUUUAAAAAGAACCAAUUUGAUCUUUUUUUGGCAAUCGUCACAUCCGUUAUCGUGGUUCCUCCUAUAAGAGAAUCUCUUGGUCAAGUUUACAAUUGGUUAACUAUUUUCCAACUUGCCAGAUUUUAUAGAGUUGUCGCAUCGGCCCGUUUAGUUAGAGACUUGUGGUUAGAUGUUAUUGGUAAUGUGAAGACCAUCUUCAACAUGACAUUGUUCUAUUUCUUGUCAUUAUUCCUUUACAGUAUUAUCACCAGUUUUUAUUUUGAAGGGGUGAUUGAUAAUGCAACAAUGCAAGACCAAGGAUACCAAUUUGCGCUUAAUACUUUGCCAAAUACUUUUCUUGGGCUUUAUGUGAUUACCUCAACAGAAAAUUGGACGCAAAUUCUUUAUAUUAUUCAAGGGUAUGGCCCAAGUUCGUUUAGCAGAGCCUUUGGAGCUAUUAUAUUGAUUGGCUGGUUUAUUUUUUCCAAUAGUAUCUUAUUAAAUAUUUUCAUUGCCGUUAUUGCCGAAAAUUUGGAAGUUGGAGAAAAUGAAAAAAAGAGGCAUCAGGUAAGAACAUUUAUCAGAAGCUUGGCUGCAGAUUUAUAUAAAAAAGAAGAGGACUUCUUGGAUAAUCUUAAGAAAGGGUUGCGUUGGAAAGGAAAUGGUAACAAUAACAAUUUAAAGAAAAAGCAAGCCGCUGACGUGAAUCAGCUUUUUGGUCUUUUAAUGUCAGGUACCCUUGUUGAUUCUUUUCUUGAGGAUGAAGUAAAACAGACAGAAUUAGCGGGGAAGCAAAGACAGAAUAGCGCCCAGCAACAAUUUAUAUUUAACAAUAUAGUAUGGAAAAAAGCAAUGGCAUUUUGGGAAAGAUCAACCAGAUUCUACACCGACAAUCCAUUCUAUGCAAAAAGACAAGAGGACAUAGAAAAUAGCAUUAAUCCAAACGUUCUUGCUAAAAACAUCCUCAUGGAAGAUAAAAUUAUGGCAGCACGUCAGCGCACUUAUCUUGAGAAAAAUCCAAGUUUUAACAUGGUGUUGUACGUUUUUGCCCCAGAGAACCGCUUACGUCGCUUUUGCCAAAUGUUUGUUAAUCCAGCUGUGGGUGAAAGAAUUGGUGGCAGACCUCCAGAGAAAAGGCUUCGUGAAAUUUUUAAUGCCAUCAUGCUUAUAGGGACGGUGUGUAUCGUGGUUCUUGCUUGUUAUGCCACUCCAUUGUACACUCAUGCCCAUAACACCAGCGAUAAGACUUGGUUUUGGACUUUGUACAGUGAUUUAGCAUUUGCAUUACUUUUCUUGAUCGAGGCUAUUAUCAAAAUUAUUGCCGAUGGUUUCAUUUAUACCCCAAAUGCUAUGCUUCGCUCAUCUUGGAAUGUCCUAGAUUUAUUGGUGCUUGUCACUCUAUGGUUGAACUUGAUCUUGUCGGUGCGUGGUAUUGGCGACUCAUCGAGAAUUGUCAGAGGUUUCAAGGCCCUUAGGGCUCUCAGACUUUUAACUAUUAGCAGCACUGCAAAAAAGACUUUCCAUAGAAUUAUUAUUGCUGGGUUCGGUAAAAUUCUUGGUGCGGCUGCUGUGUCUUUUUGCUUGUUGCUUCCUUUCUCCAUCUGGGGUCUCAAUAUAUUCAAUGGAAGAUUGUCGUCUUGUAACGAUCUGGUAUCAACACAAGCACAAUGUUAUGGUGAAUAUUCAAACCAGGUUUUUAAUUGGGAUGUCGUUUCCCCAAGAGUUUACGAGCCCCCUUACCUCUACUUUGAUUCCUUCCCACAUUCUUUCUCUUCCCUUUUCCAAGUUUCUUCCCUUGAAGGUUGGGUGGAUCUUUUGGGGUAUGUGACUCAGAGCACUGGUAUUGGAACACCUCCUUCACUAUAUGCUCAACCAUAUAAUGCAAUUUUCAUCGUGGUUUACAUGUUUCUUGCUAUGAUCUUCAUUUUGAAUUUGUUUGUUUCUGUCAUUAUUAGUAAUUAUGCACGAACUUCGGGAAAUGCUUACUUGACAAGUGAGCAAAAAUCGUGGAAUGAGGUUGAAAAAUUGCUACGUCAAGUCACCCCAUCAAUUCGUCCAAAAAAAGAAUUAUUGGGCCCAUUCAAAUUGGCAGUUUAUAAUCUUGUCAUUGACAAAAACAAGUUUUGGCAAUUGACAUAUGAUAUUUUUUUGGCAAUCCAAUUGGCAAUGUUGUUGAUGGAAGAUUCAAAAAACAGUGUGGCCCUCGAGUUGUUUAGACAAGUGAUGUUUUUAGUCACGGCUACAUUCUUCUUUACUAAUAGUGCAUUGAGGCAAUAUGUCAAAGGUUUUCCAGACUUUAAAAAUAGGUGGGAUGCCUUCCAAUUGUUUGUGUCAGGAUUUGCCGGGGUUUUCCAAAUUAUUGUUUUGUCAACCUUUGAAACAAAAACAAAUAUAAUUUCUAAUAUUUCGAAAGCAUUCUGCCUUUUGAUAUUGAUAUUUAUUAUCCAAAGAAGUAACCGUCUUAGUUUAUUGUUGAGAUUUGCAUCAGCCAGUGUUCCAUCGUUAUUAUCUUUGCUUUUUACCUGGUUUGUUCUAUUUUUGGCUUAUGCUAUCGCCCUUAACCAGAUUUUUGGAAUGGCUAAAAUAGGGUCAAGUGGCAGUGGGAACAUGAAUGUUCGUACCGUCACCAAGUCGUUGCUACUUCUUUUCAAAAUGAGUUUUGGUGAAGGAUGGAAUGACAUCAUGAAUGAUUAUUACGUGGACGCUCCAUAUUGUACAACGACAGAUGAAUAUAGUGACUGUGGGAAUAUCGUGUACGCGCAUAUUCUUUUCAUUAGUUGGAAUGUUAUAUCUAUGUUCAUCUUCUUGAAUUUGUUUAUUUCAUUGGUGGUUGAGAACUUUAGUUAUGUGUACCAUCGUACUGGUCCUUGUUCAUUGAUCACUCGUCAAGAAAUUAGAAAGUUCAAGCAAGUUUGGAUGAAAUUUGACCCGGAUGCCACGGGAUUCAUUCGCCCAGGAGAUUUUUACGUUUUCUUGCAUAGUCUCAAUGGGGUUUUGUCAUUUAAAUUAUACGAUGGUCGUUUAUCCAUCAAGAAUCUUAGUGAGAAUUGGUUCACCAAGGCAGAAGAAUACACUAGUGAUGGACGGGAAGACCCAUACGCUUGGGAUAUCGAUUUCCGAGCCAUGGCGACUACUUUGGACUCGAUUGAUGUUAAGAAAGUCAGACACCGUAAAGUUCAAUUUGAAAGGUUUGUGGAAGAAGCCAUCUACGAUAUGGAAAUUAAUGGCUAUCCCGGGAUUUCAUUCACAAAGGUCUUGAGACAAAUCCCAUUAUAUACCCAGUUUCAGGACGGUGCUUGUCUAAGUUUGAAGAAAUUUUUAGAACGCCACUUAUUAUUGAAUGAACUAGAUAAAAGAAUUGCCAAAAAGAAGAGAUACUACGCCAGAAAAACUUUUAUAGAGCGCUGGAGAUUUUUGAGAUACUGGAAUGCUAAAAGAGCCAGAGAAAAAGAAAAUAUUUGA